UUUGUGUGGGCGGUGUCACCUGCUAAACAAACCCUCAGUCAGUCAGUCGGUCUGCGGCAGCCAACGAGAGAGGACGUGUGCAGGACCCACAAACUCAAUUAAUUAUUUUUUUUCCACCCGCAAAGUGACAUUUCGAAAAAGAAAAAUAACAGAAUCCACAAAAUCCAUUAACAUUUUGUGGCCCAGAAAAGGGAAAGAAAAAAAACAGCGUGGAGAGGAAAAGAAAGGAAAAAGAAAGAGAGAUAAGUGUCUUUUUUAUUGUUCUUGAAGUGAAAGUGUAUCAGAAUAUUUUAGGGAGAAGAUGAAAGAAAGUAAGGAAUGGAGAGAGAAUUGAAAAGCUAAUGCGAGUGUCUCCACCUGGCACGAAGACUAGAGGAGGAGGAGAAGGAGGAGGAGGAGACGGAGAAGAGGACGGGGGAGAGGAAGGAGGAGAAGGUAGUUAGCUAAAGAAGAAGAAGAGGUGGAGGAGGAGAAGGAGGAGGAGGGAAGCCAAGUCAUAUAAUAAAGAAGAAAGAACUGCAUCGUCACCAAAUAAAGCGGAGUUUCUGAAGUGCUUCGAACCUCCAAUGAACCAAUUCUCCCAAACGUCUCGAACGAAUCUGCGAACCAUCUGGAAAUCCCUCCCAUUUUGCUUCCCCCUUCCCACCCCUCCCUUCCCUUCCCUUCCCGCGGACUGAGAUGAAAGCUUCGAGCCUCCGCGUGUGAGGCAACGACUCUCGGCUUCGUGAACCACUCAAGUGAACCCGAACCAUGGAUCACUACCAGAAACAAAACAAUCAUCCGAAUCACAGCGGACAGCACAGUGCAGGAGGCGUCUCUUACACCAGCACGGACAGCCCGGGCCUCUGUGCCUUCAUCCUCACCCUCAUCUCCUAUCUUCUUAUUGUUGCUACUUUCCCCUUCUCGCUAUGUCUCUGUAUCAAGGUGGUGCAGGAGUACGAGAGGGCCGUCAUCUUUCGCCUCGGUCGCUUGCUCAAGGGCGGCGCAAAGGGGCCCGGUAUCUUCUUUAUCGUUCCCUGCAUCGACUCCUACAGGAAGGUCGACCUGCGUACCGUGUCCUUCGACGUGCCGCCACAGGAGGUGCUGACACACGACUCGGUCACCGUGGCAGUGGACGGCGUCAUUUACUUCUCCAUCAAGGAUGCUCUCAGGGUUGUUACCGCUGUGGCAGACUACAGCCACUCCACUCGCCUGUUGGCCGCCACCACCUUGCGCAACGUGCUGGGUACUCGCAACCUGGCUGAGAUCCUGAGCGAGCGAGAGUCGAUCUCCGCCACCAUGCAGAGUUCGCUGGACGACGCCACCGAUCCCUGGGGCGUCAAGGUGGAGCGCGUCGAGAUCAAGGACGUGAGGCUCCCUGUGCAGCUGCAGCGAGCCAUGGCCGCCGAGGCCGAGGCAGCGCGAGAGGCCCGAGCCAAGGUGAUCGCCGCCGAGGGUGAACAGCGAGCCUCCAGGGCCCUCAAGGAGGCUGCAGAGGUCAUCAACGAGUCUCCAGCAGCUCUUCAGGAUUUUGAACAUCAGCCGGCAUACACCCUUUCGAAAGACACAUCUGCAGCCAGAGCAAGACAGGGAGCCUAAGGGAGGAGUGAGGAUUCAAGAUGAUGAAUCCCACUACUUACACCUGCGUGGUGGAGUGGAUAGCUUGGCUGACUAUGAAGAUACAGGCUCCAGAUUGAAUUAAAGCUGGGGCAGUUGGUGGACAGCUCACCCAGUUAUUCAUUCUUCCUCCAAGUUAAUUGAUAGAUGGGUACCUGGAGAGGGUAGUCUAUGAAAAUCAAGAUAUCACUGUCGUUCUGUGUCGCAAGGUGAAGGAUAUCUAUCAAAGGCUUACAGACCAUUGAGACAGUCGAUAUGCAGCUAUAACUCACGCUUCUAACUUUACCUUUGUAAAGUAAUAGUAUAGUUUCGCUUUUCAAGAUGCAGUGUUUGAUGGCUCUAGCGUCAUAAUAUGUGUAGAUAUCAUGACUUAUAUACUAAGAUAAUUUCUGUUUAUGUACUGAAAUUAAGAUAAUGUGAAGCUGUGGUCUAUUAGUCAUUGCAGGAUAGUGUUUUCACAAGAAAUUGCAUAAUACAUUGAAUAUUAAUAUUGCGCUUAAAAUACGUAAUAUAUUAAAUAUUGUUAAUAUUGCACUUAUCUACAAUAUCUAAAUAUUUACCACAUAACAGUGGUUAAGCAUGAUAUAUUCCAUAUUUCUUCCAAAAUACAAUUUAUGAUCCAUAAAUAUGAAUAUCUAUUAUAUAGAGGUAAAGGUAUAAUUUUUGUGCUACCGUUUAUAUAUCUACCGUUUUACAUCCUUUAAAACCUGUACUAGAUGUAUGUAAAAAUUGCACAUCCUAUAAAACCUGUACUAGAUGUAUGUAAAAAUUGCACAUCCUGUAAAACCUGUACUGAAUGUAUAUAAAAAUGUUAAAGUCGAAGAUACUCAGGAGACCGUCCGGAGACAAUGUAAUGAAAAUAGUUAAAUAAAGCUGUUCUAGGGACAUAAUUAACUAGUCUUUUUCUUUAAUAUCCACCCAUCUUGUCUCCGGAGAGUCUUCGAAGUAUUUUCGACUUAGUACGUUUUUUAAGGCAUUUAAGGGCAUCCUUUUCGUACGUUUUUUACGUUUUUUUCAGGCAUUUAAGGGCACCUUUUGGUACGUUUUUUAAGGGCAUCGUUUUUUUAAGACAGUUUAAGGCAUUAUUUAGGGGUUUUCCUCGCUUUUUCGCCAUAUUUUUCUCAUUUAUUGCACGUUUUUAAGGCAUUUUUUACAUUUCAAGGCAUUUUUUUAGGGCGUUUCCUCGCUUUUCGCCACAUUUUCAUUUAUUGCACGUUUUUAAAGCAUUUUUGGGUGAUAUUCCUCACCAUAUUGGCAUCUGUUCUUUUUUUUGUACUUUUUUUUCUGCAUAUUGAGGCUUUUUUUGUGUGUGUGUGAACUUACAUUUGUAUAUAGUAGGGGCAAGCUUGGUCCCUCAAACAAAUAAGCAGUAUAUAUGACUAUAGUAAAUACAUGUUAUAUAAAAGUAACUUUUGUGUGGUUUGUUGCUUCUAUGUAUACAUUAUAUUUAUUAUCUAGACAGAAUUAUGAGUAAAAAAAUCUGUAUUGAUUA